AUGGCGAACCGCCAGAGAAAUGACUCUGGAGUGGAAACAGAUUCCGACGGUAGUGCUACGAUGAGUGUUGAAUCUCCGAGGCUGCACCACCCCCACCAAUUUAAUUAUUCCAUCUCGGAACAGCUUGAUGAGGGGAUCACGGAUGCUCCAGCAGCGGUGGAACUGCCCCCACAGGAAGUGAAGGCGGUGGAAAUCCCGAGGCUCCAACAGAUGGACACAGAAGCAAACGAGGAGAACCGGCCGUCCACGUCGCGGGCGGAGGCCGCGGCGAUGCCUGCCGCUGGACGAGGGAAGACGAUCGACCAUCCACCGUCAGGCGGUCCUUCUACAUCGGCGGGCGGUAAAAUGCUAACGCGACACAACCGGGCCAAAGCACUCCGGACCCAGAGGAUAUAUGACCGGCGGAUCGUGCGAAGAUGCGGUUGUGAUCAAGGAAAUCUCCUCGAAGCCGCUGCAGCCAACGAUGUCGAGAAAUGCAAGAGACUGCUGGACCGCGGAGCGAAUAUACGUAUGGAAGACUCCCGAAAAAGGACUGCGCUGCAUUUCGCUGCGACGCACCGGGGCAAUGGUGAUCUGGUUCGUCUGCUUCUGAGUAGAGGCGCAGAUCCUAACAAGCAGGAUAUGGCUGGGAACACACCCCUUCACUUGGCAAUUUGUAUAAACAACAGUCCCGCCACGCUAGAACUCCUGCGUCACGGCAGCGAUGUGACAGCCCUCGAUAGGUCCGGGCGGAAUCCAGUGGAAUUGGCCAAAAGUCGCAUGAAGAUCAUUUUGGAAGCGAGUCGAACAAGUGAAGUGACGAAUGAGGUCCGACAAGAAAUGAUACGGAUGCUCCGAUGUAUACAUUUGCACCUCAAGCGCAGAGGGGAUACAUCUGCCAAUAUCUUAGGAUCGUUCCAAGAACGAAUCUCAGCAUCGACGUCGAGCAAGCAGUUCAGUUCGGAUGUGUCCGAUGUGCUGGCUUCGCUUCAGCAUUUGCAACUGUAAAUUCCCCAUGGCCUCGUUCAUUCAUCUGGUCUCGUAUCAGUCCUGGGAAGAUGAGGCUUUCCGCACGAAAGUUUCCGGUGCACCGGACCGAAGCUUAUGAAUUCCUCAGCUUGUCAUAAUCGAUAAGAUACCGUUCUCGUGAUAAUAAAU